AUGCGGCUUGGUGCAACAGUUGCGGCCUCGCCUUUGCAUGAUUCACCUCCGUGUGAAGAGCCCAUCGUUUCACAGGCAGCUUCUAAGGCUGAUAUUGACUCAUUAAAGUCAGAGCUGCUGUCCUCUUUGAGGUCCAAAAUCACUGAGAUUUUUAAGGCCGAACUACGUGCAUUGGAACGUACAUUGGGAGAUGAUUUACUAACAAUAAAGUCGGAGCUGCAGGCGGUGAAGGCGCAGCUGUCCAGCGAUAAAGCUGUGAAUGAGGCUGCGGUGCGGGAACUAAAGGGCACCGUGGUUGAAAUGGAGCGCUCACUUUCUGUUUGCACCGAUGAUAUCACUGGCGUGCUACCACCCACUUUCAGUCAAGCCUCAAUAGCCCAUCUCUUGAAGAAGGGCAAGGAUCCCAACCUGUGCGGGUUGUACAGACCGCUGUCACUGCUGAAUGCCGAUGUGAAAGUGCUGGCGAAAAGACCGGCUCUGAGUUCCGACAUAUUUAUUGGCGUAACGUGGGGCCCUGAAGGUCAGCACAAAGGUCGAAAACCUGAACAGGGGACCGAGCAUCCUGUGGGCUACAGCCGCUGGAAACAAAAAAUUCAGAGAAAAAAGGUUCGUGAAGCCACACACGGGGCACAGGUUGAUGAGCCACUGCAGCAGGUGCAACCAGGUGACUACGUGUAUAUCAAAGUGUUUAAAAGGAAACACUGGAGUGAGCCACGACGUGAAGGCCCAUUCAAGGUGGUACUAGCAACUCCUACCGCAGUCAAGGUUGAAGGUAAGGAAUACUGGUAUCAUCUUAACCAUUGUUGCAGAGCUGCGGUGAAAGGACUAGAGUGGAGGAAAUCUCAGGCUGAGUUGGCACACUGCGCCCACUCUGACGACUCAGAGGACGAUGACGACGGCGCAGGCCCAGCACAGGACAGAGGACCAGCAUACAGGACACGUGCCAAAACCACACAACCACGGCCAGUUGAAGGAGAACCGAGCCCAGGUUGUUCGUAUCAGGUUGAUUCACGACCACCACAUGACACACUAGACCAUGACACACUAGACUCUGACACACUAGACUCUGACAAACUAGAAGAGACUGUGCAGAGACUACUAGGCAGCGAAGAAAACACUGUCACUCCACCUGAACAGUUUGACACUCUUAAUCUACAAGAUCUAGUAGACUUAGAUAUCGAUCCACCUGUGGAACCAUGAUGAAAAAUUGCCCAAAGACCAAACAGACUCCCACCAAAAGACACUGGGCAGUACUCGUUAUGGCUUUAGUAGUAUGGGUCAUUUGCAUAUAUAUUUCCCUUAACCAAAACCAACAUCAUCCAGCAGAUAUAUCAGUCCCUUUGUCUAAUAUUUCUCUAAAUAACUGCUCCCAGCCCGCAGCAUACCUAGAAAGUCGUAACAUGUCCACACACAGAUAUAAGAGAUCUCAACCCCUAAGGUCCCUAGAUCGCCACGCUGUAACCAGUCUCACUUCAGCACAGGCUGCAAAGGUUUCUGUAUAUAUGGCCAGAAACGUGCUUGCAGAACAGUUCCGGUGUGCAUUGGGCGUUUUAAAUAACACCAAGGUCCUACCAUCCUUUCCAGUAACUGCACAACAUAUGUUUAUAACAUAUACUAUAUCCCUUUUUCAUCCCUGCAACUCUACAGAGAUAAAUAAUACUCCUGAAUACGAGAUGAGACUUGAGGCUCGAAUGACCGACACGGAUAAAGAAACAGACAUUAUAGUGGUCACAGGAGUACCCCACAGAGUUAUACCUCGCAUAUUAGGCACCCGCAGUUGUGUUGAUAUUACGCUUUUGUGGUAUUUUGGUUUUCCCCAAGUAGGGAUCCCGCAUGGCACGUUUGGAAGAACCUCAGUGGAAUCUCUAGCGUAUGGGGAUGUUUUGUAUAAAAGUCUAGUAUAUGUCCCUAACUGGCAGGAAGGGAUGAACUUACCUAGAAUACAAUUUAGUUUUAGAUACAAGAACCCCAACUAUCCCUCUAAUCCAAAAGCCCUGACCUGUUUCAGAUGUGCGGAAAGGAUCAAUGUAACAUCAGUAAAGCAAUAUGCUGAAACUACAAACAUUCAGCCAAACCUUAACCUGUACAGGCAAUGGUUGGUAGAUUCGGGGCGUGCAGCAGUGCCCCACUCUACAUGCAUUGUAUGUGACAGAAGAUCUCGACGUCCACCUCGUGUUAUGCCGACAGUAGGGUUAGAGGCAUGUGACAAAGCACCUUAUGACACCACUCAUCUUUGUCCAGCUAUAUGUUUUUUGGGUUCAGCUGCUGUUGAUUAUGGUGCCAACUGGAUGCGCUCACGUAGUGCUGCACACCAAACAUAUCCUUUUACUAAUAUCCUUUGUAUUAUGUAUAUAGAUGUAUAUCUGUCUAGCCAUCUAUCUAUCUGUGCCUGAUUACUGAUCUUGAUACUGAUGACAUGCCCGCAGAGUCUUACUUCUAUAUUUCCCACUUUCAUGAAAAUUGCUUCAAGACGCUGCUUGUCCAAAUUAUGUUGUAUGAACCAUGUUGUUGUUGUGAGUUCUUCAUGUUGUGUGCAGGAACAUGGCCGCUGGUGAACCCAGGUGGCUACAGCCGAAUCUGCGACUGUUUCCUGGUGUGUGUGCAUUCGCAGAAACAUGUUAUGAGGGAUAUCACUUAGCCUUCGACACAUUCAGGGGUCCCUGUGAGGCAUGUGCAGCCCUAACCUAUGACCAUCAGACACAUUGCUUGUGGUGCCAAGACGGUGACGACUGUCCUUUGGGUGACCAGUGCCAUGAUGGACCCCAUCAGUGGUUCGGUUUUCCUCCACAGAGGGAUGAGUUUGCUUGGGAAACAGAUGAGGACCAGCGUAGACCAGUGACCGCUAUUUUGCGCCAUGCUAACAUGUUUUCUCCGGAGGGUAUGUGGCUAGACUCCAUUCAGAACUCUGUCUAUGAUCUUCCUGGUGGACUCCAGAUGGUCACCCGAGUCUUCACAAUACGUCGUGCAAUCUCCAUGGUACAACGCUGUGUGGUUCGCAAUACGGACUGGUCGCCAUAUAUCCGCUCCCUUACCUCAUUGGAUUAAGCGGUUGUCGCCUGUUUCAUAGCUCUAACACAUUUCUGCGGACUACAUUGUUUAAUUUCAAUUUUCCUUUUGUUCAUGUGUCUCAUAUUUAACUGCAUGUACACCCACGACUAAGGAUGACCUUGGUGGUGAUUCCACGGUCGCGCCACUGGCGGGCAGAGUGGGAAUUUUCCCUGGCAUGUUUGUCUACAGGGUUUUUCGCCCACUCCUAGUUCAUCGAUGUUGUGGUUUGGCGCACCCAUUAGUGUGAGGGUGGGAGUAAUGUCGAUCUUAUAAUGUUGCAUUGUCGAUCUUAAUCAUUUUGCUUUUAUUUCUUUUACUUUUUGUUUUUGCUUUAUUAUUCUUUUCAACACACGAGUGCCUGGUAAAAUGCUAGUAACCUCUUCCAGGGCUCCAACAAGACCCCCUGCGAUACGCAAAGUAUCUGGGUCAGAAGAAAACUACAUAUGCCAAAGAAGUCAAAGACUUUUACUUUGUUCUACUGCUGUAUUACAUGACAUGUAUGAUUGAGAAAUGGUUAUAAGUGGUUAUAA